UUCUUAACAUUUUCUCACCAUUUUAUUUUCACAACUUAUUGCUAUUUUGAGCAAAAGAAAAUAUGGGUUUGAAAGGCAAGUUGAUUGCUUCACUAGAGGUGAGGGGUGGAGGACACUCGAUUUUUGAUAUUUAUCACACUAAUACUCAUCAUGUAUCCAAUAUAAGCCCUAGUAUUGUCAACCAUUUUGAGAUUCAUGAAGGUGAAAUUGUAAAAAUUGGUUCAAUUGUUAGCUGGAAUUAUAACGAAGAUGGAAAGAAAAAGAUUAUGAAGCAAGUAAUUGAAUCCAUCGAUCCUCACGAAAAAUCAAUCAAAUGGAAAGUGAUUGAAGGCGAUAUGUUAGAGUUGUACAGUUUCUUUGCUAUUGUAACAUCUUGUGAACAUGAGUGGACUACAUGGACUUUUGAGUAUGAAAAAAAAACCGAAGACACCCCAGAGCCCCUCAAUUUCUUAGGUCUUAACCUUGACAUUACCAAGCAUAUAGAUGAUCACCUUCUUAAGCAAUAGAAGAUCUAUGUUGUGCUAUAUGUGUAUGUACAUACACAUAUACAUUUUUAUUGUGUGUUUCUGUUUAUGUGAUGA